UAGACACGCACACACACGUGGAGGAGCUAGAGAUCGAUCGAUCGCGAGUAGGCCGGAGAGGAGAGUUCAUGGCCGCCACCGCCGCAUGCCGGAGCAUGGAGAGGAGAUGGAGUCUUGCCGGAUCCACGGCGCUCGUUACCGGCGGCAGCAAAGGGAUCGGGCAUGCGAUCGUGGAGGAGCUAGCGGGGCUCGGGGCUCGGGUGCACACGUGCUCCCGGAACGCGGCGGAGCUGGAGGAGUGCCGGCGGCAGUGGGAGGACAAGAACCUCCGCGUCACCGUCUCCGUCUGCGACGUGUCCGUGCGUGCCGAGAGGGAGAAGCUCAUGAACACGGUGAGGCAAACCCUGGGCGGUAAGCUGGACAUCCUGGUGAACAACGCGGGGCAAUCCAUGGUGAAGGCGGCGACGGAGUGCACCGGCGAGGACUACGCGCUGGUGAUGGCCACCAACAUCGAGUCGUGCUUCCACCUCGCGCAGCUCGCGCACCCGCUCCUCCUCCGCUCGGGUGGAGGGGCGAGCAGCGUCGUCCACGUCUCCUCCAUCGCCGGCUUCGUCGGCUUCCCGGGCCUCGCCGUCUACUCGAUGACCAAGGGGGCGAUGAACCAGCUCACCCGGAGCCUUGCCGCCGAGUGGGCCGGCGACGGCAUACGCGUCAACUGCGUCGCGCCGGGCGGCAUCAACACUGACAUCGCCAAAGACAUGAUAACGAGGGACCCGGAGAUUGUGAAGCGCCAGGCCACGCAGCUGCCGAUGCAGCGGCUGGGCGAGACGGAGGAGGUGGCAUCGGUGGUGGCCUUCCUCUGCAUGCCAGCGGCGUCCUACAUCACCGGCCAAGUAAUCUGCGUCGACGGCGGACGCACCAUAGCAUAAAAUCGCGCCGAACGUCCUAUACCGAUAAGAAGUCACAUCGUUCAAAGCUGUUGCACGGGUACAAAUAAAUUGUAUCUUAUCAUACAUGGCAAUGUACUCCCUCUGUCCCAAAAUAAAUGAAGUGUCUUAAAGUUGAGACACUUAUUUUGAGACGGAGGGAAUAUCUUUUAUAGCUAAACCCUGCGCAUACGUGGUACUUUCUCCGUCUUAAAAUAAGUGUAGUUGAUUAAGUACAAAAUUUAUAAAUACUAAUAAAAUACCAAAUCAUCUACACUUAUUUUGAAACGGAGCGAGUAUAUGACUAUUGUUUUCUCAAUGUAUUA